AUGCACGUUCAAGGCCUGGCUACGACGUUGGUAUGUGCCAUCCACUGGGUUUCAGCACAUGCAUCCUCGGUUAAAUACCCAGCAGGUCUCGGAUUAGAUGAGACGAAGUGGGGGGAGGCCCGAGAGAAGGCAAACAACCUGAUUGCCCGCAUGAAUCUCACGGAGAAGGCCAUGAUGGUGACAGGUACCUUGGACGGUACCUGCAUUGAAUAUGUCGCCCCAAUUACCCGUGUCGGCUUCGGCGGUUUGUGUCUGCAGGAUGGUCCCAGUGCCCUGCGAACGGCGGACAAGGCCAGUGUCUUCCCUGCUGGGCUGACUACCGCCGCGACCUGGGAUAAGAAGCUCAUGUACGCUCGGGGAUCGGCAUUGGCACAAGAGUUCCGGGACAAGGGAGCCCACGUUGCACUCGGCCCUGUGGCCGGGCCAUUGGGUCGGUGUCCGUGGGGCGGACGAAACUGGGAAGGCUUCUCCCCAGAUCCGUAUCUCACAGGCGUCGCUAUUGAUUUGACCAUUCGAGCCACUCAAGAGAUAGGCGUUCAAGCCACGGUCAAACACUUGAUCGGCAACGAGCAAGAGACGCAGCGGAAGCCGACUUUAAUUGACGGCGUUAUGGUCGAUGCGGUAUCAUCCAACAUUGAUGAUCGCACCAUGCACGAGCUAUACCUCUGGCCUUUCGCGGACGCUGUUCACGCCGGGGUUUCUUCCGUCAUGUGUUCAUACAAUCGAGUCAACGGCUCAUAUGGUUGCGAGAACUCAAAAUUGGUCAACGACCUCCUCAAAGGAGAACUCGGCUUCGAGGGCUAUGUUAGUUCCGAUUUCUUCGCCACCCGGUCUGGUGUAAAGUCGGCCAAGGCCGGUCUGGACCUCAACGUCCCGGGGCCAAUCGCCUAUACUAAUCUUGGAAAUACCUACUUUGGGGAAAAUCUUGUGACCGGGGUGCAGAAUGGGACUUUGUCCUCGAGUCGACUAGAUGACAUGGUUCGCCGGGUCCUCAUGCCGUACUACUACCUGGGUCAAGAUGAGGGCUACCCAUCUGUAGACCCAUCAACCUAUUAUCUUGUUGCUCAAUUUCUGGGUGUUUCGCCACGCGAUACACUCACACCAGCGGGACGGGACGUCAGAGCGGACCACGGUGAGUUGAUCCGAGAAAUAGCGGCUGCCGGUACCGUCUUGUUGAAGAAUGACAACGGCAUUCUCCCUCUGAAAAACGCUUCUAAUCUCGCCGUGUUCGGCAACGACGCUGCUGAUCCGACAAGCCUUGUUUAUUCCGAUGGCGGUCCUAACAUCGGCACUCUUGUCAUUGGCGGUGGAGCUGGGAGUGGCCGCAACUCCUAUGUCGUGUCGCCGUUGGAUGCCAUCAAGUCUCGGGCCAAGAAACUAGACGUGGUUCAAUUUAUCGCCGAUAACACAGUCCUCGCUGAGGGAGACUUCUCUUCACUAUACCCACAGCCUGCUGUCUGCUUGCUCUUCUUGAAAACCUGGGCAGAGGAGGGAUAUGAUCGCACUACCCUGGAAGCAGACGAUGACUCUACCGCAGUUGUCGCAAAGGUGGCCUCUUUCUGUCCGAAACGAACUGUGAUCAUAACGCACUCUGGAGGUGCCAACAUUAUGCCCUGGGCAUCGAACCCCAAUAUCUCAGCUAUUCUCGCUGCUCACUAUCCUGGGCAAGAAAGCGGGAACUCCAUUGCCGAUAUCCUUUUUGGCGACGUUAAUCCUUCGGGGAAGCUUCCCUAUACGAUAGCGAAGGAGGAAUCAGACUACAAUACUCCAGUCUUAAAUUUGACGGGCCCCGAUGCUACCAAUUCUUCAGAAUGGCAAUCUGAUUUCGUCGAAGGUUUGCUUAUCGACUAUCGUCACUUCGACGCCAUGAACAUUACGCCUCAGUAUGAAUUCGGCCAUGGCCUGAGUUAUACCACCUUCGCCAUAACUGAUGCGUCAGUGGUAAAACAAAAGAAGGUGACAGCAUUUCCGGCGGCUACCAAAAAGUCUACCAUAUCUUUGGGGGGCAACGCCAACCUCUGGGACACACUAUUGACUGUCUCCGUAACGGUGUCAAACACGGGUUCCGUAUCUGGCGCCGCAGUGCCUCAGAUCUACGUGUCCCUGCCUCAUGAUGAGGUUCCCUCCGGAACCCCUGUCCAAAUCCUGAGAGGAUUUGACAAACUCUCGGUACACCCUGGGAAGGAAAAGAGUGUUAAGUUUGCUCUAACUCGUCGAGACGUAAGCUUCUGGGACGUCGAGGCUCAAAACUGGCGCAUUCCAAAGGGAAAGAUUGAGUUGCAUAUCGGGUUUUCCUCUCGAGACAUCAAAAAGACUUUGUCUGUAGAAUUACUUUAG